AUGCUGCCGGCGCGCCUCCGCCCGGGGCGGCUCCUGUCCGCCGCGCCGCUCCGCCUGCCCGCGCCGCGGGGAGCCGCCGCCGGCAGGGAGCCCGCGCGGAGCCCGGGCAGCAGCCGCGCUGAGCAGGCUCACAAGGUGGUUGCAAGUUACAAACCUUCCAAGUUUGACAAAAAAAUCCUCCUCUGGACUGGACGUUUCAAGACCGAAGAAGAGAUUCCUCUGAGGAUCCCGCCCGAGAUGCUAGACAGGGCAAGAAACAAAGCUCGAGUUAAAGCUUGUUACAUCAUGAUUGGACUCUCAGUUGUUGCCUGUUUUGCAGUGAUUGCCUCAGCUAAAAAGGCUGCUGCACGUCACGAGUCCUUAACAAGCUGGAACUUGGCAAAGAAGGCCAAGUGGCGGCAAGAGGCCGCGCUAGCAGCGGAGUCGAAGACAAAGUAA